AGAUGGCGUCAUCUUUGACCACGCUUUGUCGCCGAUUUCCAACAAGAUAUGGCUUAAAGCGUAUUUUCGCAUCCUCAAAUAUAUUGCAACCAACGCGAAACAAGUCUUGGGAUCAAUAUAUACGGGAAGAUUUAUGGCUCAAGGAAGAAGGGGCAAAAUCAUUCGCUGAAAUCAAAGAAGAACUAGAUUUCAAAGAUCCAGAGAUUCACGAAACUGUAGAUAUAAGCCUCCCAGCUAAACAGAAACAACUCCAGAAGAAAUCUGAACGCUUGAAGCUUCUUAAAGAGAUAAAGAACGAUAAGACAUUAGAACAAGCUGCUCGUCUCCGUAAAUUGCAUAUUCCCCUUGAAGAGGUAAAAAAGGAUUGGUAUAAAGAGAGCUGGAGCAUUCAUGCUCAUUCAAUAGCAGACCACUAUGGAGUUUAUCAGGAUUUAUUCGGGUAUGCUUACUUCUACCCAAGGAUUCAACUGGAUAUUUCUUUUGAUUAUGAUGACGAGUAUGUAACUCCUGUUCACCGUGGCAAUAAAAUUUUACCAUCUGAGGCCACCGAGGCUCCUCAUGUAUCCUUUGAGGCACCUCGCAAUACCCUAUGGACACUUUGCCUGACAUCUCCAGAUGAACAUUUUCUAGAAGAAGACAAAGAAUAUGUACAUUGGCUGGUAGGAAACAUCCCUGGGAGUGACAUAUCGAAUGGGGAAGUUUUAUGCAACUAUCUGCCGCCAAUCCCGCCAAGAGGCACUGGUCAUCAUAGAUAUAUAUUUAUUUUGUACAAGCAAGAUAAACGGGUGGAUUAUAGUCAUGCAAAAAGAGGAGAAAAUUGCUCAAGUCUACCAGAGCGAACAUUCAGCACUUAUGAGUUUUACAAAGAGCAUCAGGAUUAUGUCACACCAGCGGGAUUGGCCUUCUUCCAGAGUGAAUAUGACGAGUCGGUUCAGACCACAUUUCAUAAUAUACUGAAUGUGAGAGAACCAGCGUUUGAAUAUGACUAUCCACCAGACUUCCAUCCAGAGCAGCAACGAUACCCCUGGAAAAAGCCAUUCAAUCUCUACCUUGAGAGGUACCGUGACAAAAAAGAAAUCGCAGAAGAGGUUUUAAAGGAACGAUUGUCAAUGAUUUCACCAUUCAAAGAAUUACCUAAACAGCCCAAAUAUCCAGAUGUGUUUUUCAUGCCAAAUAAACCUCAGUGGUGGAGGCUGGUCGAGCAUCAUCGCCGGAAUAGGGAGGGAAAAUUCAAGGACUUGCCAAAAUAGAUGUGACGUUUCAAAGACUUACCAGAACAAACAACUAUCUCCUCCUGGACCUCUUGCUUUAUGGCUGGUCUUGCAGUGGGAAUAUCAACACGCAAAAUCAUUUCUCCAACUUGCUGAGAAUCUUGUUUAUCUAAGCUUACAUCCCAGCUUACUGAGUUGGCUUGCCCUGGGGAGACUUCCCAGAGCAGGCUUACCCAUUAACUUUGCGGAGGCUACAAGAUUCUUGUAAAUUUUGAGACUGAUUCUUCAGUGUGAUUAGUAUCGUUAUGUUAUUGUUCUGAUUCUGUUGUAUUUCAUAAUAAAUUGAUUAAUGUACA